AAGGACAUGAAAAAGAUAAGAACAGUGGGGAGGAGCAGCAGCAGCCAGGCCACCCAGCUUCACAAAGGCUCUGCACACACCUGGCCCCACAGGCACAGGCACCAGGCAUUCACCCACUUCCCACCAUGAUGCCCAGGAGGAAGGUCCACUCCUGCAAGGGGGCAGCAAAAGAUGAGCCUAAGAGAUCGUUGAGGUUAUCAGCUAAACCUGCACCUGCAAAAGUGAAAACGAAGCAAAAAAAGGCAGCAGGAGAGGAUAAAUCUUCAGACAAAAAGGUACCUACAGAGGGGAAUAGGGGAGCAAAGGGAAAACAGGCUGAAGUACCUAACCAAGAAACUUACCUGCAGAAAACAGAAACUAAAAAUGAGGAGAGUCCAGCCCCUGAUGAAACAAGAGAGAAAGAAGCCAUCUGAUUAAUAUCAUUAUACAAUGUCUUAUUAGUGCCCCCUGUGUCUCUUUUUGUACAAUCCAGAGAAAUAUUUUUAUCAACUGUUUCAUAAAUCCAAUUUUUUAGUAGUUCUAGAAACAUUUUUAAGAAAGAGAGAAUCCCACUUCAUCCUAUUUUUUUUUAAGAUUUUAUUUAUUUCUUUG